AUGGUCGGCGCGACCUCUACUCUCCUGAACGCUACACCCAGACUUCUCAGCCGAACUCCGGAUUGCCUUUUAUGGCCUGAUCAACGUUCCAUGCUCGUUGUGGACUCCGCAGAAGACUCCGCAGUAAAUGGCUUACCAGCUCAGCCAUACGACAUCAUCUUCCCAUCAAAAGUGCUCCCGCUGUUGGCUAUUGACCUUCGUGCAUCCCGACGCAUCGCAAAAGCGACCUACGCCUGCGAAGCGGGGCAAGCAACUCUCUCUUCGUCACCCAGCAGGAAACUUGCCAUCUGCCAGGAUCGCGCAAAUGGACACAUCCUGAUCGACGCACCUAUGGAAAAAGUCUUAGUCCCAGAGUUGUAUGCGCACAUUGUCGAUGGUGUAGAGCUCAACGGCAUCUAUCUCGGAGUAGAGAAUCAAACAACAUGGGGAUUCCGAUACACUCCUGCGACUUGUCACGCAAACGCAACUCUAUCUACAAGAGACUAUUAUGAAGUCAAACUUCUCGGCCUGCCAGAGAGUAAGUGGGAUACUGCGGGCUACGAAAUUUUGAUGAAAAUCAAGCUCGUCGGAUACGCACUACUUGGUGCGUGUUAUUUCACACCGCAGACUGUUGAAGUCCAGCUUCAGUCACAAGUCGAAUGUUCCGACCAGUUCAACGGGUGUCUCCAGGUAGACGGCGGCACGGCUUGUGUCAUGCAACAUCUUCCACUGGACUCUGAGCUGCUCUGCUGA